UUCCUUGUAUGGGAAGUAGCUGCUGAGCAGGAUUUUACUAGCAGGUCCUGAAACCAUGGGGCUGGGCUAUAGGAAUUUUGUGGGCUUAGUACUGCUCUGGUCCCUGGGGACAGCCCUUGGGCAGGGGGACUUCCGCAGGGUCAGUUUCUCUGUCUUGCAGCAUGGAUAUGAGUAUGACUGUGGAGAUUAUGGGAUGCAGCUGCUGGUCUUUCCCAGCCAGGGCCGCACAGUCCGCUUUAAAGUUGUGGAUGAGUUUGGGACAGCCUUCGAGGUUACCAACUGCUCCAUCUGCCUCCACUGGGUCACAUCUAAUGAGGAAGGGGUGGUGACCUUCUCAGCAGGCUACAAUGGCUGUCAUGUGCUGAAGAAGGAUGGCCGUAACCACCUGCAGGUCCGUGUGGAGGAACUACUGAGCACCAAGGCUGUUGCUGCCACCCGUGAUGUGAACAUGACCUGCCCCAAGCCCACUGAACAUGACUUAACCCCAGAGGAGACCAUGCGCUACAUGCCGCAGCCGGGCCUGGUGCGCCCGGUGCCCCAGCCGCAGCCGGGCCUGGUGCGCCCGGUGCCCCAGCCGCAGCCGGGCCUGGUGCGCCCGGUGCCCCAGCCGCAGCCGGGCCUGGUGCGCCCGGUGCCCCAGCCGCAGCCGGGCCUGGUGCGCCCGGUGCCCCAGCCGCAGCCGGGCCUGGUGCGCCCGGUGCCCCAGCCGCAGCCGGGCCUGGUGCGCCCGGUGCCCCAGCCUCAUCCUCCACUGAGUUAUAUGGGUGCCCGCCUGACACAGGACCAGUGCCAAGUGGUGGAUGGGAAGGUCCCCUGUGCAAAUGCCCUUGACCAAGCUGCUUGCUUCCAGGCUGGCUGCUGCUAUGAUGGGACUGACUCAACUACUCCUUGCUACUAUGGAAACACAGUCACUGUUCAGUGCCUCCUGGACGGUCACUUUGUUCUGGUGGUCUCCAGGGACAUGUCUGAUCACCCCAUCAUCCUGGAGAGUGUCCGGCUAGCCUAUGCCCAGGCAGGGUGUGACCCCAUCAGGAUGACUGAGGCUUUUGUGAUCUUCCGCUUCCCCCUUAUGCAGUGCGGCACCACAGUCCAGAUAAUUGGGGACAAAUUGAUCUAUGAGAAUCAGCUGAUCUCUGGCUUUGACAUAUGGACUGGGCCAGAGGGCUCCAUCACUCGGGACAGCACCUUCAUCCUCCAUGCUCGCUGCAUCUACAAUGCCAGUGACUUUCUGCCAGUCCAGGUCGAGGUCUUCUUGCCCCCCACACCUGCUCCAGUCACCCAGGCAGGACCCCUCCGGCUUGAGCUGCGCAUCGCCACAGACCUGAGCUACAGAUCCUAUCUUGCGGAGAGAGACUACCCUGUGGUGAAGGUGCUCAGGGACCCUGUCUACAUGGAGGUUCGCAUCCUGCAGAGAACAGACCCAUCCCUGGUUCUCGUUCUGCACCAGUGCUGGGCCACCCCAAGCGCUAACCCCCUGCAGCAGCCGCAGUGGCCCAUCCUGGUGGACGGGUGCCCGUUCCUGGGAGACAACUACAGAACCCAGCUUGUGCCCGUGGGCCCUGCCUCAUCAGAGCUGCCCUUCCCGACUCACCACCAGCGCUUCAUCCUCUCCACCUUUGCCUUUGUGGACUCUGCUGCCCAGAUAGUGCUUGAGGGACUGGUGUACAUCUUCUGUAGUGCCUCAGCCUGCUCACCAUCCCAGCUGGAGCUCUGCCACCCUAUAUGCCCAUCAGGGGUGACUGCAAGAGGCCGUCGGUUCCUGACUAUCCAAAAUGGGGGAGAGCCUCUUGAUGUGGUGAGUUCUCAUGGGCCUGUGGCUUUCCAGGACAGCCCAGAAGCAUUCAAAGAGACAGUCUAUGGGAAUGAAGAUCUUGCCUCUAGACUAGUUUUGUCCCCUGUUCUCCUGGCUGGACUCUUGUUGCUGGCUGUGAUCUCCAUUCUCACUGUUGUAAUCAUGCUCUGGAAGAGAAAAGGCUGGAUGACAGGGUUCCAAAACCCUCAUGAAGGAACAUUGUAGCAAAAACCAAUAAAACUGGUUGUAUCCUA